AUGGUGGAUGCCCCGGAAGGCAGCCCAACGUCCGAUGGGCAAACGACGCCAUCACAUGCCUUGGGGGAAGGGCCUGCGGACGCUGCCCAGGGGAAUCGUGAACUUGCCGAUCGACCUCUUAACCCUGGAAGCAUGGCACAUCCACAGGUGUGCCGCAGGCCCUGUGUCUUCUUCCAAGCCGGCCACUGUGAGAACGGAGACAACUGCGGCUACUGCCACAUGCGCCAUGACAAUCGCACCCCCUUGCCAGAUCGCAGGCAGCGGGCUUUCCUACGGAAACUGCGCAGAACGGAACUGUUGCACAUUUUUCUGCCCCGGCUUCGGUCACAGGCCAAGCGGGCGGGCAUUUUAUCCCGUGCCGUGCCUGUUGUGACCAUCUUGGAAGGAGCUUUGAUUGAGCAGGGCACGCUCAACACGGCCAAAGUCACCUGUGACGACGCAGACUAUCUCAGGGUGCUUCUGAAUCGCAUGUCCUUCGGCAACCUGAUGGCGAUGCUUUUUCACAACCUGGGACCCAGUACAUUGGUGGACACCGCCCGUCAUGAGUUCGAAUCGUUGCGGCAGUCGCUGCCAUCGCAUGGUUAG